AAAAACGAGCCGCGAGGCUCCGCCCGAUAGCCGAGCCGAGGACGUGGUCGGGAGGACCUCGGCCGUUCAGCUUCGUGAAUCGCGAUUCCGUUCCGAGUGCCCGGUGACUAGGGACUAAUCGCGAGUGCGGAGUAACCGACGAUAAGUGACCGAGGAGAAAGUCGCCGGCGACGAGCCAAGGCGGCCGGGCUACGGAGUUCCACGGUGACGCUCCGAGUUCGAGGUUCGACUUUCGGUACCUAGCCCUCUAUCAACGAGUAUUCCGGGCAUUUUCGAGAUAUUUCCGGGCGACUCGGGCUCCCAAAGUAGAGGGAUACUCGAGAAAGUGGUGAUUUCGCGAGGUUAGGAGUGAACCUCGCCCCGAGCGGGCUCGAUACGGCCCCCGAAGGCUGGAACGCGCGUUAGCCGUGAAGUCAGCUACCGACGCCGAGUCGAGGAUAAACGCUCGAUUCGGGGAACGCCAGGAAUUCGGCCGACCUCGGGGCUGCCAUUGAAAUGCGCCGAGUGGUUUCUUCUGGAUUUAUUAUCGUGGCGCGCGGAGAUUGAUGCGAUGCGGUGAAACGGUCGAAGCUGGGCUUUCAAGAAGCUACGAGUGGAAGAUAUCAAACCCGACGCGCCGUAUUUUGGAGCGGAACCAGAUACGACAUAACCUAUCUCAAUUUUGGAGCAUAAUGAAUUCCGCCCACCUUAAAAAUCCCCCGAACCGGGAGCCUUAAGAAAUAAGACGAGGUAUAAAUCGAGGAACGGACCUGCUCUAACUGUGAAAGCUACGAGUCACGUCCAGUGAGUCACGCCGAUAUAAACGGUCACCUCCAUUUUGGAGGUUCGGCGGCUGACAAAGGCAGGGCCGAGACUCGGAUUUUUCUCGGAGGUCCCUUGCGACGCGGAAUACCGAAAUCCCUCCUACACUUGUCUCCCGAGAGGGACGUUAAGCGCCGCCGACGUAAAAGUGAGAACGCACAAAGGAGUCGAGCGGGAAAGUGGGAAAAAGAGGAGCGAGAAUCGUUAUCCGACCGGUGUGCGCUAUCGCGGGCUACGCGAUCGCUGCGAUUCCCAAUGAGACCUGUUCCACGAGUGGGUCGGUUUCAACGGAAAUAACUCCACGAUGCGGCAAAGACAAGGACGCCUUCGGAGUAGUCGGCCGUCCUCGUCCGGAGUCCUUCGCGGGCGAGCGAGUCGUGGAAAUUCCUCCGAUUUCAAUUCCGAAUCCCGGAGUAAUCCCGACUCGUAAUAAAUAUCAAAGCGACGAGGCGGAUCGAUCGGUUCCAAGGACUCUCGAUCCCCGUGCUCUGGAAAAAAACUGCCGAUUCGGAGCUACCUAGCCGAAGAAUCCCUCGAUCGGUGCCGAUUUAAUUUAAAACCCCCGAGUAAUCUCUCGAUUUGUAUAAUAAAUAUCUAAGCGACCCGGCCGGUCUUCCUUCCGAAGAAGCGAAUAAAAGAAAUCCGACCGAACGACCUCUGGAUUGCAGAUUUAUUUUUAAACUCGUCGCGUAAUUCCUCGGCCUGUAAUUUAUCGUAAGGACUACGAACGUCGAUUUGUAGCCACGACUUUCGUCCUGGGUGGGUCGAGCUCAACGAAAGCGGCAUUAAAGAGAAAUAUUGAAGGAAGGGACCGACCACGUGGGAAUCCAAAGGACGAGAUAUCCGGCGAAUUUUCUUCGAGCUUCGCCUUUCCCGUGACCACGAGGUCAUCCUCACGGACUUAACGACGUUACGAAGGCUGAAAAACGGCGUUUCCGUUGCGGAAUUUACCUGAGAGCACCGAUAUAUGUACAUGGGACAAAGGAAGGGCGAUCGGGCAACGGUCGAAGCCGAGAGGCGUCUCGUCGUUUAAUAUUUAUUAAAUGACGUAGCGGUGGCGAUCCGAGAGGAAACCCAUUUUAAAAGGAAGCGAACGACCGAUACGAGAGGUACAAGGACGAGCCCGAGACGAUCGAGCGUCAAAGUCCCAAUUGACGGAUUUCUCUCAUUUUUUGUUUUUUAAAAAAAAGCUCCUCGCCGAUUUUUCCUAUCCUCGCGGAGGGGCGCGACAUAAGGAGGCGAUCCAAGAAUAUCCCAGCCCCGUGGUCGAAAAUUUCAGGGAAGAGGAAAAAGGACACGAGGAGCGAACUGUCGACGCACUCGCUCGGCAUUCGAGACCGAAGUAGCUCGAAAGAGAGGCCGAUUUAAACGCGAGUUAACGACCGAUACGAAGGCUGCAAGGUCGGCCAAGCUCGAGGUGACGCGGUGACAAAGUCAACGUCAUCGGUUUUGUCCUUUUUACUUUUUUUCUUAUUUCCUCCGGCUGCUUUCGAGAGUACAAGGAGAACGGCCCGGCGAUACUCGUCGAUGCGGAGAUACGACGGCCGAUAAGACGCCCAGUGAAAUGCACUCGUUAGUUCCCGAUCUGCCCCGAUAAGAGGGCAGAUAAUGAGAUUUGCAUGAGGAUUAACGCGAACGACCACCACGCGGAUUCUACUGCACUCGGUGGGCUCGAAUUUGCCGAACUCAUGCCCGACAUUUUAUAUUAAUACCCCAGGACGAUAUAAUCGGGGGUUUUAUGUUUGCGAUGCCUGAAAGUGCGAAGAUGUGCCCGGAUGAUGUCGAUCGAUUUCAUUUCUCGAGUUGAUUGAGAAGGAGAAAGGCUGAUUUUGUUUUUGAAGAGGGGGCGGUCUAACCCCAUCGAGAGAAGAGAAUAGGUGGUUGGAAUUUGCGAGCGUUCUUAACGACGUUAACGAUUGGUGGUUUUUUUUUCUUUUUUUUUUCUUUGUGAAUGUGGGGAAAGUGCAGUGAAUCGUCCUUAUCGCGGACGAGUUUAACCGAGGAAGUACCCUGGAUAGUACGGCGCCAUUGAUCGUUUAUUCGUCCAGGAGUCACAGUGACGCGACAUCGGAGGAGGGAUGACAGCCGAGCUCUGGGAUGAGGUGGUUAAUGAAUUUGGCAGACCAAAAUGCAGAGGCAAAGCUGGAGCAGUCCGGAGGCGGAGGUUGCGCUUAUGCGCCCCGUAAGCACGGCCGGCUAAUAGCCCUGCAGCAGCCCACCCCCGACCAUCCUGCAGCCACACACCUGAUCAGCAGCAGGCGGGACAUGGAUGUGAGCUUUACGAACGUGUUGGAGGGGGCUCGCCAGUACUUCCAGGGACUGCCCGCGCCAAGCACGGCCGGAGGAACCGUAUCGACGGAUAACCUCGCGACAUCCACGUCGGCGUUGUCGUACGACCAUGGCAGCGAGGUGCCAACGGCGGCGACCCCGACGGUGCCCACGAGUUCCUGCCAGGAGUCCGGGUCCCGGUACCCCGACACCAGGUCGGAGGAGAACGGCCCGUCCGUGGCGCCCUACUGGAACCCACCCGGGCCGUCCGAGCUGCGGCCGAUCGAGCCGUACCCGCCCCAGCCGACGAGGGUGGAAGUGCCAGACACGAGGCCGGCGGACAGCGGAUCCGCCCUGGCGGAUCAGCCUCCGACUCUGGCCCCCGCCGUGAGUCUGACGGAGAUGCAGCCCUCGACCCAGCAGCACUCCAUCGGGUCCAAGCAACCGAACGAGAGGAACUCGCCGUCGCCGCAGCUGCACCAGAUGCAGCCCGCCAAAUCACGUUCCCCAGCCCCGGUGUAUCAGCAGCUUAACAGCGUGCAGCGGACCCCCUUCUCGUCGGCGGACAUGUUGGUAGGUCCCCAGGCCACCUUCCAGGUCGCCGAGAGGCCCGCGCCCAUGGUCGCUCAGAGGACCCAGUACUACCCCAGGUACCAUCAUCCGGACAUCACGAAGAGUGCCCCGGCGCCGCUGAGCCAGAACUCCGUGUACCAGUCGACGACCGGGGCCAGCACCACUUCCGUUCAGCAGCAAUCAGCCACCAGGCCCAGUCCGGUGGAACAGGUCACGAGCGUGGGCUCGUCGUCGGCCUCUUCGUCCUCGUCGUCGUCGUCGCAGGGGCAUCCUCAGCAGGCAGAGCAGCGCGUGCCCGCGCCCUACCCCUCGCAGAUGGCCUCCUCCUACGCACCGCAGUCGCAGAAUCACAACGUCGGUGGUUACCGGGCGUCCAGUUUCGGCCAGCAGCCGCAGAGCCACUCGCAGGUCGUGGCGUCGAAUUCGCACGGCGGGACGGCAACCGUCGUGCAUUCCACCGGCGCAUCGGCCGCGGGCCACACGGCCGCCGUGGCGCACUCCUCGCCUUCGCCGGCCAAUCCUUGCAGUCCGCAUCACGGCGGCACCAGUCACAUUCCGUCGCCGCACAAUCUUCCGCCGCACAUUCCGUCACCGCACCUGCCGCACGCACCGUCGCCCCAGAAUCCCGGCCGGGUCGGCGCCUCCCCGCACCUCCACGUCAAUCCUGGACCGCCCUAUCCUCAGCGCAUGUCGGUCGUCGGUCACAAUUCCCACGGGCCCGGCUCCCAGCAGAUGCCACCACCUUCGUCCACCUACCACACGCCCUCGCCGCACGACCAGGGCCAUCACCCGCCCUCGCCCCAUCGACACUCGCCCCACGUGUCGUCUCUUCACAAUCCACACGCCUCUCCGCAUCACACCCCCUCUCCACACCACACCCCCUCGCCACACAACACCUUCCAGCCACACUCCCCAACGUACCCACCUCCGCCACCUCCUCCACCCGUGUCCAGGUCCACCCCGCACUCUUAUAUGCCCACGACAUCGCAGCACUACCAGAGUGGUACCACCUAUCCUAGUCCUUAUCCACCACAGUCGUACCAUUCCUUCCAGAAGAACCCCGUGAGGGGGAACUACUACUCCCAGUCCAGCAGAUCUCAGCCGUACACCCAACUCGCGCCAGCGACCUCCCAAAUGCCGCCAAGUCCUGCGGUCAACAGCAAUUCGUACAUGAAUCAAUCCAAAACGAUGCCCUACAACGGGGCGGACCCGAAGAAGAGCAACCCUGCGGAGUCUAUCUCCUCUUACGGGACGUACCCCUCGCCCGUUUCCGCGCAGAGGAACGCCAACACCCACAAUUUGCCGCCCAUCGCUGCGCUGUCGUCUUACCAUUCCAACAGGAGCUCCAGAGAGCCGUUGACCAAGGCGCAGUCGAUGCAGCGACAUCGCACCCACGCCUCGGGGGCCGGCAAAGCGUCCUCGGUGAUGUCCUCGCAGGUUCAGCAGCGGCUCUCGGAGUACCCCGUGGCCCCCGUCGUCGACCACGCGGUGCCCAUCAACGGCAGAACCACUAUCGUUCCGAACUCUGCCUAUGGUAGGUUCUCCAGCCAGGGGUACCCACAGUACGCCACCACGAUCGCUCCCAGCCAUCAUGGCAGCAAUUCCGCAAACAUCACGGUAACCUGCAUAGGGACGUCCCGAACGUCCGUGCAACCUGUGGCCACGCCGGUUCACGCAUAUCCGUCAUCCAAUCCUGCGAACAGGCCGGCGGCGCCUUAUCCCAAUUUGCACCCUGAUAACUAUGGGUACAAAGAGUAUAGUUACACCGGCUCGUCGACCAGUCAGUCGGUGCCCACGGGGACCGUGACGAUGUCCACGUCCGCGCAGACAAACGGAGGAAUGCCCGGCAGGAAGCGCGAGUCGCCUCUGGACCUUUCGGUCAAGACCGUGAAGACUCCUGCCGACUCCACCGCCCAAGACGACCUCGACGCCACGGCCGGCACCGAGAAACACGUCACGAGCACUAAUGUAUCCUCUAGGAGUAACGGCAGGACGAUGCUGCCGCCCGUUCAACCUCCACCUGGAGCACCUUACCCAACAAUGGACGCUCGCACCGCCGACGGUAACAGAGGGCCUGGGUGCAUUCGCGUGUCCACGCCGCAGACCGUGUGCGCUCCGAAGGUGGACUUUUUGCCGGAUUUCAAUUCAACGCCUCUUCAUCAUCCCGGCCAGCCGUCGAGCCACGAAAACCUCAGGAGAAGCGUCUCUCAGCAACUCUACGCCCCGGGACCGCAUGUCAGUCCCGCGGCGACCGCACCGCUACCGCACAUGUCCACCUUCAAGAAGAGCUCACUGCCCACGGUGCCCGUUUACGAUAAAAAUACCCCUUACCAUCCAAAUAACGCCGCCAGGUCUUCGAGGUAUCCCACGGCGGACGCUGCCAGGACGUCCCUGCCGAUGCAAGACUACCCGUCCGACCCGUCGAAGUAUUACCUUGACAGGAGCAGGUUCCCCCAGCCUCAGCCGAGAGAUCGAGCUCCGUCCAAGCGGGUUGGGGAGACCGCGUAUGGCGGACCCUCCAAGCAACCGCGACUGGACACCUGGAGGAUGAUCAUUGAUCAACAAAUCGAACAGAGGAUCUCGGCCGCGCGCGCCAUUCGCGAGCAACAGCAGAGGCAGGAGAUGAACCUACCCGGGGCUUUGGCUAAUGGAACCGUUGGGGUCCCUCCUGUUUACGAACAGAAGCAGCCGGACAAUUCCUACCCCACGGAGUCCCAGCGAUAUCAACCUUACUGUGAUAAGAGGAGCUAUCCGGACGCCAAGAUGGCGCGGAGCUCUCCUUCCUAUUCUCAUCCAUCGUCGAAGGCACCCGGUGUCCAGGUCAUUGGUCAACCUUCUGCCAGCCAGGCGUCUUAUCAGGGCUAUAGACAGAACCAGAGGGUACCGGCCGUCCAACCCGUGGAUCAGCCUAUCAACACGGGCGCCGAUAAGAGGGUCCUCAGCCUCCUGAGGAACAGUCUCGAGAACAAGCAGCAACGCGAGGAGCAGCUCAACAGUCAACAGCCGAUACUCGUUAAUCACAGCCAGCAGAGCUUCCAGAACAAGGUGGUCGCCCCUGUCGAGCCCAAGACGAACAUUGGCAGACACAACCUGUCACCGUUUACGGCAGCGAGUCUGCUGGAACGUAAUAGCAACACACCUCCUCAUUACAAGUUUCACAUGCCAAGAGCCGUAGAUUCCAUCACCCAAGAAGCACCGAGGAGCUUGUACGCCUCUAAAGUAAAUUCGUCGGCUACGUUACCUGGCAAGGAAACGCUGCUCGGUCCUCGUGGUGCCGAAAAUCAAAUACACCGGGACAAGGAUGAUGGACUUGCCGCCAUAUUGGCGGCGAAGAUAAGGACGAAAGCUGAGCUUAAGCAGGUGGGAACGGGUCAGUUUAUCGCGAAACCUAUGUCAGUUCCGUCCCAAGAUUCCUCCGUAACACCUAAAGAUCACGAGAUCGUUGCCUCGACUUCCACGUCUCAAUCCGGAUCGUCAGCGGGGAGUCCCCCGAAACUGACGAGAGAAAAGACCGCGUGUUUGCCUCCCAGGAGACGUUUGUUCUCCAGAACGGACGAAGAAAACAUGCCGGUUGCGGCAACGAUUCCGGUUCCGGUCCCGGUCGCUGCGGUACCGUCGACGGUACCGCCUCGAGCCAGUGGCUUUAGAAGUUCCUCGGAAACCUCGGUCUUCGACUUUCGGGAAAGCGAUUCCGAGGGCGAAAUGCCGGUCUUGGAGAGGCAGACUUUGGAGGAGAUGAGGAGGGACCGGAAGCAGCUGUCGAAGGUUCAGCCACCGGUAUCGCUUAACGACGCGAUGUGCAUCGGAAUGGCAUCCUCGUUGGACCUCGUAAAGAUAGAGCUUAAGGAAAACGAUAAAGUUACCGCGCUGGACCCCCUUUGGGCGACAACUUGUGAUAAGUUCAUGGAACAGUUACGAAGCGGCGACGCGAUGAAGAAGCGUGGUCGUCGGAAAAAGGGUGACACCACCGUGCCAUCAAAAACGGAGCCCGAUAGCGAACCGAACAAAGACUCCGACGUCACGCAGUUACCAGAAAUCAAACCAGAGGACAUCAAGCAGGAGGUCCAAGAUGCCGAGCCGUCCGUGGAAAAGGAGGAGCCGGUCGUUAAGGAAGAUAAGCAAGUUGAAACCGCGGUCAAGGUGGAGGUUAAACCCGAAUCAAAGGAAAAGGUAGAGGUCAAGGAAGAGACAAUGGACAAGAACUCGGGAGAUGAUUCCGACGAAUUGCCGCUGAUUCAUCGGACCCAGAAAAUGAAAACGAAAAAGGAGGAGAGCGAUGGCGAAGACGAAAUCAUAUGCAGGAAACGAAGAGUCCGUAGAGGUAGUAGGAUUAAGUUAGAAUCUUCCAGUGGUAGCGAAAGCUCCAGCGAAGAGAGCGACGCUAGCACUGAAUUCGGCAACUGUUCCUCGGUUGCCGAUAGACUUCGAGCUAGGAAGAGAUCGGCUGCAAAUGCGGAAAAUGAACGAAUGAAAUUACGCUCGAGGGAUACCACUCCGCAGAAAGGUAAACGCGACAAGGAACUGAAAUCUUCGUCGUCCAAAUGUGGUGCUUCGCAAAAGUCGAAGCCCAAGCCGUUGUUCGGAGAUGGUAGCGACUUCCGGCCUGGCUGGGAGGAAGAAGUAUACGUAUAUAAGAAAUCCCUAAGAAUGCCAACGAGACUAAUUACGGUAUCGAAACCUUCGAGGUUUCACCGACUGUCGACCUCUCUACCGGAUCUUGAUCCCGGAUCUCCAGCUUUGUCCAUCUCCAUGGACAGUUCCGACGUUUGUCUAACCAGGAAGAGAGUGAUCGACAGCGAUUUAGAUUCUAACAGUAGUUUUAGUAUAGCUGGUAUCGGCAGCAAGGUCGACGACGAGGAAGCUACUUCGUCCACCACCAUAUCCUGUCCACCAAAAACUACCGGUAGACGCUCCGAAAGUAAUUCCAUAGUCGAUCUCUUGGUGCAGAAAGUCGGUACCAGUAAAAGGGAUCAAAAGAAGAAGCAAGCAAAAGAUAAACUGGAAAAGGGUACGAAGACGUUACCUAGAGGUAGUAACGAGCCGGAACUACUGCCUACCCCGAGCCUUACGCCACUUUUGUGCAAUGAAACCUCACCGAAAACAAAAGGCAAGACUCCCGUUAAGAACAACAAGUCGCCCAAACCUAUCAACGUCACCGACUCCUAUCUUCUUGGCUACUUCCGCAAAGAAACGGUGAACAACUUCCGAGACACUUUUAAGAAUAAUCACGCUUUGCCCAAUGAGUUCUCCACGUUUAUAUUGAAAAGUAGGACGAGGACGGAGACCAGGGUCCUGAAGAAGCAAGCAACUAUAAGGGAAGUUUUUGGGGAAGAUAGACCAGCCUCGGCACCACCCAUUGCCACUCGGGGAGAUACCUCGCAGGAUGACGAUUCGCAAAAUGAUGCGCCGGAUCGCAUUUUAGGGAGACCAAGGACCCUGAAGCAGAAGGUCGUAUCCAGAUUAUGGAACGCCGGUAUGCUGCGGAGCCACAAAGCCAUUGUUAACUCGAAGCGGCAUUUGUUGAUUUCAAAGAGGCGGAAGGACCUUUUGAAAUCCCUGGCAGAGAAAAAACUCGAGAACCUGAAAAACGAGGCUGAAGAGGAGGAAGAGGAGGAGGACGACGAGGAAGAGGAGGAAGAAGAAGAUACCUCGAUGACGAGAGACGAUGCAAAUGACGCUCACGAGGCAGAGAAUAAUGAGCCCGAGGCUGAUAACGCUGACGAGACGGAAGUUCCUAGUAAAAAGAAGCUGAAGCUGAGAACUGGACGACGGAAAUUCCGUUCCGGGUUUGAUUAUAUCAGGAAGAAGAAGAAACCUCUGAAGAAGGACGAAGUUCCUCCGAAGGAAAGAAAAAGGGUUAUAACUAGACCGAGCCCAGAAAGCGUGGCAGAUAUUCAGUCUGAAAUCAGAACGUGGGUCAUUAAAAAAGGAGUUGGAGAGACGAUUUUACAUCGAGCUGCUAGACUUGGAUAUACGGACGUAACCGCCUAUUGCCUGGAAAAGCUGAACAGUGCACCAAGUCCUAAAGAUAAUGCGGGGUAUACUCCUCUUCAUGAAGCGUGUUCCCGAGGCCACCUUGAAAUCGCAAGGCUCUUAUUAGCUUACGGAGCGAACGCAAGUGAAAGUGCUAAUGGUGGUAUAAGGCCACUUCACGAAGCUGCGGAAAACGGUGCUACCGAACUCGUUCGACUACUGCUCUCUUAUGGUGCUGAUCCACUAUUGGCAACAUACUCUGGACAAACCCCAUUGAUGUUAGCAGUGGACACUGACGCAUACUCGAUACUUGAACAGCAUCUAGACGAUGUACAAGGACGUACCAACACACCUUGGAACUUCGGUGGUCCAGCAUCGAUUUUUGACCCUGAGGAGACGGGUUACAAUCCAUUAGAGGAUCCACCAAUGGAGACUCCUGAGCCUCAGGUCGACGAGAUCGAAAUGGAAGUCAGCGACAUCAGCCUCCCAGCCCUCUUUUCAUUGACCAACGAUCCUGAUAAAUGGGUGCUUUUGCAAGAUUUAAUGGCAGCAUUACGCGUCAAGAGUCGCGACGCUCUGUUACGACAGAUCAAUCCGAAAGCUUCUUCGGGACCACCAGCGAUAGCUCAUCGAGACGUAAUGAGAGAGCUGAAGCUUCCAGACUUCCUGGAGCAGUCCCGAUGUUGUCACCUGCUGAGCGGUGGUGAGAGAAUCAACGUUCGCGGUUCGAAAGUAACUCUAAUCAAAUACAGCGAGAAGGUGAGAUCAUUGUUGAAUGUCGAGCGCGUGCUCAUCACCUUGAGGUGACAAGAACCAUCGCUUGGGGGAUCUUCCCCAAGGUCCAACCCGUCGACGUCGAUCCUUAUUAAGGAAUCCACGAAGAAAAUCGAUGUAAAGAACGCGGUGCUGCAGAAAGUCGAUGAAAAGACUGGAUUGCUGAAGAAGGAAAAAUUAGUCAAGAAGCGUCAGGGUAAUCGCAACUCGACUGACUGAAUCCUGAUAGACAAUUUACUUAUGUCCGAAGUAAUGGAACUGCGUUGCAAUUCAGAUACCCGAUGUCAAGGGAUUCUGGAUUCUCAGCUUCCAGUGGAUGAGGCUCGAAUUAAAUUCAAAGUUCUUUCGGUCUCGCAUGAAAGCGAGCGAAUAGAGUAAAUUAACGGAAACAGAACUAAAGGAAGAACAUUUAUGCGAUGGAUCCUUAGAAUUUUAUAAGGAAAGUGAAGUUGCUAAUGUUUCCGAGUUGUCUGCAGAUUGAUGAACAAGUUUCGCUUAAAGAUAGGAUUAGACAGACACAUAUUAGACAGAGCAAGUAAAGAAAAGUGUUGAAGAUGAGGAAGGUUAAGAUUCGACAGGGUAAUUGUAAUCCGCCAGGCUUCAUGGUUAAUAAGUGCGGACUUAGGCCAAAGCAAGAGAGACGAAGAGUUCUCAUUAAGAUGUUGUAUCGAUACUCGCGAUACGUAUGCAAUUCAAAUCUUCAUAUAUUUACUCGACUAUACAAGAAUAAAGUGAAGUCUGCUAAAUCUCGAGCACUUCAUAAAUCCGAAGUGGGACAAGAUAUUGCUUCAACUUAAUGUCGACCUCUCUUCAACUGGAUAUCGAUCACGCUCAAGAAUUAGUCAAAAGAAGAAUACGACUUGACACAUCGUUUCAUUGUGUUAGGUUGUUCUUGUUCAGUGGAACUCUCUAACGGAAGCUCAUUUAAUGGAAUCCCAACUAUAGUCCUAGUCCUAAAGAAAUAGAACUGUGUUAAAUGUUCUGGUACUCGAGAAGAGCAUUUUGGCACGAGAUGACCUGGAUUAAUCCAAUCCCACAUAUAGUACACAGACACACUGACACAUACCUAUCGUUUACUAAAAUGACUAUCAAAUUCUAACGUAUCGUUAUGGAUUUCAAUAUUUUUAAAGACUCGCUAACAAGCUAGUGAUCAAGAGGUGGCUUCUGAUUGACUUCGACAAUGUCUUGAACGAUCUACGGAUAGCCUAGAACAAUUUUUGCGAUCUCGUGGGAGCUGUUAUACCAUAAUAGAUAAACAAAAAAAACGUAAAUGGCAGCCUUUUAUCGAUCCUGCAAUGUUUCACCAGGAAGUUAGCUGAACCAGUCAGACGUCAGCCAUGAUUUCUGAGUGUCUUUAAAAAUCUGGCGAAUUCAGCUUUGUCAUCUUGGCCCCAAGGGCGGAAAAGUAUUCUUGUAGCUCCCUGUCUCGGUUCUCAAAGGAACAAUGUUGCAUUCUGGUGGAGUGCACCUUUAAGACUCUCUUUCAACCUCGUGCGCGCCCAAUGUCUGCAUCGCACACGAGAGGCAUGUUUCGUAAAAACACGAGGCACUAGGUACACAAUAUUAACGAUAAACGUAUAUUAUAAGGACCGUGCAAUUCUAAUGCAAUGAGGGAGGUUCAGAAAGACACGGUUUAGGUUUAACUUGGACAAGAGUGAGAGGACAACAAAGCAGAAAUCUGUGACAUUAUGUAAGAGUAUUUAUUCGAGAUGUAUCCAUAGGAGGACGAUAUUUUAUUAACAUGCCUAGUGGCUGGUUAAAUACGGAUUUUAAUCUUAAACGCUUUUUAGAGGGAAACUGCCGCUACGACAAUAGGAUGCACGUACAUUCGGGGGAGCGAAUUUUAGCGAGGUGUCCAUGCUCUGUCUUUCAUGGGUAGGAGGUCGAGAGGCCGGUCGCUCGAUUAGCAUGAACUGCGUGAAAUUUUUUUUUUUCUUAGACUACUACAAGCGUACAUACUUAGGCAUACGUUCAUGAAAGUACCGUACGUCGCGGUGAACCAAGAGGGUCCCGAUAAUUCAAGUGACACUCGAUCGUGGAGUAGGUUGGCGUGGAGAAUAACGAUUAAUUUUCGACUAGACUUAUCCUGAUCGACGAGUUAACGGACGAGUCUGAUUAAGCUAAAACUUCGCUUUGGUACGCACUUUGUUUUAGAACGUCGCUGCGAUAUCCGUUGCGAUUUGAACAGGCGAAAACGCGACUUCGGCAUCGAAUCGUUUUGCUACCACGUUACCACUUUUUACUUUAGUUGCCAUUUAUAUUGUUCUUUCUUGUUGCUCGAGACUCUGUAAAUUACGUUCGACUUUGCUAGUUUUGUAGGCUUCCUCCGUAGAUGCAUAAUCGCGUUGGCGCUAAGGAGCAUUUAUUAAGUUGGGAAGUGCAAUUCGAAGUGAGUUAGCGAAAAACUCGUUGACGAGUGGGUAACGCAAUUGAGGAUUUUUCAGGUGAAAAAGUUAUAUCUCUUAACAAACGUGUGUACGCUUUAGAUGUACCUAUUCGACUAGAUUCGAGAUUCUAAUUUGAAUCUACUAAAACGAUAAAUCCUUGUUUAAACGCACUGCUAUUGAAUUGAAUUACUAACGUUAUGUUAGAACGUUACAUUAGAAUCGUAAAGGAACUAACGAAUAUCAAAUAAACGAAGAUAUUGACAUUUCUUCCCAAGUCUUUUUACUUGUCGCGUAACGUCCUACUAACACAAAGCUUUGAAAUUGAAGGACUACAUGUAACGCGUACGUAAGUUAAUGAAAUUAAUUGAAAUUCAGUUAAAUCGGUUUGAAAUAUUUCUCAAUGAUUCGUGUAUAAGGUUUUCACCUGGAGUAGUAGUAAUCAUUUAAGGGCAAUAUCGAUUGAACGAUCAAGCAAAAUUCUCUGUGCAAUAACGUAUCCAGCCGACCUAAUAAUUUAACUUUCUCGUUGAUUUCGUUAUAAUUGGCCGGUGGGGAAGGUCGAGAGACCGAGAGAACACGGCAUAGUCGAUUAAAUGAAAUCGAAUGAAAUGAUAUAUUUGCGAGUCGAAAGUUAGACUGAAACGACAAGUAUGAAACCGCGUACUUAUUCUUGAUACGAGGUCCACAACGUCCACGGUAGAUUAAAACAAAAUGGGGUCGCAGCGGGAUCUCGGAGCGCCUCGUAGAGCUUCUUAAGUUUACGUUCACUACAAAAUGUUUCUUUGAGCGCUGUAAACAUACUUGUAAUCCUUAUAAUCAGUCUCAGGGAAAUCUAUGUGUAUUCUCGAUACCUGUGCGUUACACAAGCUAGGACGAACGAUGUACGUUCAGGCACUACUUUAACGGGCCUUCGACCUGACCGACGUACGACUAUUUAAUAUGCACCAAUGUAUAAUAGUUAUUCUAUAAUUCUUCCAAAAGUAACGGCCGAUAUACUCGUGCCUGGGCGUACCGUCCUUUAACUUUAUUUAGUUGCGAGUGGAAACGCGGUGGACGGUACACGGUCUUGUACAUAUACUAUUUUAAAUAGAGCACUGAGAACGUGGCUAAGCUCACUCUUCUGAUCGUGGGCAAUUCCGCGAUUCUGUAAAGUAACGAGUGUACGUACUGUAUAUGUAUCGUUGGAGUAAGUAGAGAAACGGUGUAAGUAGAUGCGCGAUGUUCGUUUGUAUCAAUGUAUUCUUCUGUAUGCGAAGGCAUACCGGUGUUAUGUAGUUUACAUUGUAACUCGUCGAUUACUAAGUACGCAGCUAGACGCAAACGCGUGUGUACAUAUUUUCAAACGAUUACUACUACGACUAUUACUAUCCGCUUUUUUAUUGUACUAUAUAUACAUAAUAGUUACUGUAUCGAUGUACAUUUUCUUAGACGUAACGUCCCCCCACCUUGUAUUUAUAUAUUCAAGAAACUUCUAAAUGUGUUAUAAUGCUACUGCUUUAUGGAGAAAAAAAGAGAAGAAAUUAUA